AUGAACACUUCGCGCUCACUCCUCAAACUAACUAGAUCUCCAGUAGUCUCCACAUGGAGGCGAACACUCCUCACACGAUGUAUGAGCACAUCUACUAUUAGACUGUCAGACAAACUGGUCGUGCACACAGAUACUCCAGAAAAUAAUCCCUCGAUUCCUUUUGAAUUUACUCCCGAAAAUCUAAAGCGCGCAGAAGAAAUUGUAAAGAAAUACCCACCGCAAUAUAAGAAGGCAGCGGUCAUACCGUUGUUGGACUUGGGACAAAGGCAGUUGGGAUGGACGAGCAUCUCGGUGAUGAAUGCUGUUGCAAAAUUGGCGGAAAUUCCGCCUAUGAGAGUUUAUGAAGUUGCAACAUUUUAUACCAUGUUUAAUCGGGAGCCAGUUGGAAAAUACUUUCUCCAACUGUGUACCACAACACCAUGUCAGUUGUGCGGCAGUACAGAGAUCCAGAAAACCAUCGAGAACCAUUUAAAAAUUAAAACGGGUGAAACCACAAAAGAUAAAUUGUUUACUUUGGUCGAAGUCGAGUGUGCUGGAGCGUGCGUCAAUGCCCCCGUUUUGGCGGUUAAUGAUGAUUAUUAUGAAGAUCUGACACCUGAAACAACUAUAAAAAUUCUCGACGAUCUAAAGGCCUCCAAGAAUCCUAAACCCGGGCCGCAGUCGGGCAGGCAUACUUGCGAACCAGCUAAUGGAUAUACUACUCUUCUUGGGGAGCCAUACGGUCCCGACUUUAAAAUAAGGAAAGACUUAAUGGAUACGCCUGCUUCGGAAGGAAGUACGACGGCAUAG